ACUACAUGUCCCACUCAAACAAGCUGGAGAAAGCGGAGCACACCGUACGGAUGCGGCAGCCAGAGACUAGUAAACACAAACAGAAAAUGACUGAGCAGGAAUGACUACGGAUUGUAUCAUGCUGAAAAAGAACAAUCGUGAGGAGUGACUACACAUUGAUCUCUGCAAGACCUAUGGUGUGACCACGCCAACACUCGUAAGCCCACACCAAUCCUCUUAUUCCGUGUGACAGCAGUGACCAGUGCCUGGGCUCCCCUUCCUGUUGCCAUGGCAAUCCUGUUUGCGGUGGUAGCCCGUGGCACCACCAUCCUGGCCAAACAUGCCUGGUGUGGGGGGAACUUUCUGGAGGUGACUGAGCAGAUCUUGGCCAAAAUUCCCUCAGAAAACAACAAGCUCACCUAUUCCCAUGGCAGCUAUCUUUUCCAUUACAUCUGUCACGACAGAAUCAUAUACCUGUGCAUUACAGAUGAUGACUUUGAGAGGUCACGGGCUUUCGGUUUCCUGGGCGAAGUGAAGAAGCGCUUUCAGACUACCUAUGGGUCUCGUGCACAGACAGCCCUGCCCUAUGCCAUGAACAGCGAGUUCUCCAGCACACUAGCAGCACAGAUGAAGCAUCACUCAGAUCCACGGGGUACAGACCGACUGACAGAAACUCAGAUGCAGGUGGAUGACCUAAAGGGCAUCAUGGUCCGCAACCUUGACCUGGUGGCUCAGAGAGGCGAGAAGCUGGAACUGCUGAUCGACAAAACUGAGAACCUGGUGGAUUCUUCCGUCACCUUUAAAACCACUAGCCGUAACCUGGCGCAUGCCAUGUGUAUGAAGAACCUGAAACUGACCAUCGUCAUCGUGUUGGUGUCCAUUGUGGUCCUCUACAUCAUUGUGUCAGCAGCCUGUGGAGGUCUGAGUUGGCCAAGCUGUGUGAAGAAGUAAAAGGGAGAGGGAGGAACUCCAGCCUCCCACAUGUCAUCUGACCUGCCCCUAAGGCCAGGUCCCUCUCCACAAGCGGACUCAAACCACUGUCAAGAUUAGAUACUUGAACUGAACCCCAUCCCUCCUCUUCCUGUCCGUUGCCACUCAUUUCCUGUCCUCCACGUCUUCCUCCUCUCCUUGCAAGGGGAGAAAGCUAUGGCCAUGCCUGCCUUACAGGCAGGGUGCAAGGAAGCGUGGAAAUGUGCAGUGCUCAUACUAACAAGCAUUAACAGCAUUUCCCCAUUCUGACUUGUGAUUGAUUGUCUGCUGCACAGAUUGAUUCACUUACCUUUGUUAUUGGAGUGAUGUAUUCAUUUGGGUAAAAAGGGACUUAAGAAGAUGUUGUAGACACUACAAAAAUUAAAGACAAAGGGGAAUAGGGCAGUGAUGAUAUUAGCUGAAACAUACUCACCCACUCCUGGAGGACAGAGGCCCUGCAGCCUGACUCAGGGUGCGAUCUACAGAUAUUUCAACAUUGUACCAUCAUCAGGAUCCCCUCAAUAUGUCCUUCUACAGCUGUCAGGAAUUUUCAGCUUUGAUGAAAUCAUAAUGAUCUGAAGUUCUUGCAAAGUUUGCAAUGUCAAUAGCCUGCAGCACUUAAUUUCUGAGUUGAGAUUCAGCUGAGCUGAUUUUAGACUUCCCUCAAAAGCAUGAAUUUGUAACCCUGACCCAUACCAAUAGUAUAUAUUUGUUUACAUUUCAAGGUAUAUGGAAGAGGAAGGUGAAGCCACACUUAUUUUGUCAGGUGUUCUUAGUACAGUUUGCUCUGUGCUUGGGCUCUGUCCCAGUUGGCCCCUCAGAAGAACAAGGCUUGUUAGAUGUCUUUCAUAUUUCACUAGAAUGAAAGAAGAACUAACUCCUUCAGUAUUACUUACUUAAGAGUUUGAAAAGGCGUGAUGUGGCUUUAAAUCCCUAAGUCGCAUCAUAUUUGAAAAUUUUAUAUAUGCAGCACUAUCAUAUGUGCUAUAUAAAGAGUAUACAUAAGGGUCUUCCAUGAUGUGGGUUUUAUGCUCUAAAUGUACAUGUAUGCGAGACGGUACAUAUUUCAGAAGCUAAGAGAAUUCAAAAGCAUGUUGUUCUGUUUCAGCUCCCAUUUCCCCACUUCCCUUGUAAGAGCCAGUACAGAAGUUUACAGUAGGCUCAAAGCUGUGUUGAUUAUUUACAGUAUAGAGCACUUUCAGUGGUGCAUUCAUGAAGCUGAAUGUAAAAGCCUCUGAAAGAGUCAUUCUUAAAACUAGUGAACUUUUUGAGCCUUGUAGAACUAGGGUUCCUGCGAUUUUGGCCCUGCCUGUGAUCCCAUGCAAAUCGUGUGACUAAUUGGACCCUUACCAAGGAGCAGGAGGAUGACCUAAGCCUGAGGCAGUGAGCACAGCUGCCUCAUGGCCACAAGAUUUAUAACCCAUGUAAAAGUUGGCAGUAUGUCAGCAGAGUCAAGAAUCUUUGGUGUAUUGCUCAAUAGUCAGUCAGCUUCAUGUCGAUGACAUAGUCUUUGUUUUCACCAAGUCUGGUGAUUUUUGUACAAUGGCCCUUUAAUAAUGUAUUUUACUUACCGUCAUCUAAAUGUUAAUAAGGAUAAAAUAUCUAGCGUUGGAUCCAUCUGUGGUACAUUUGCACAGUAUUUGGAGUUACCCUUGACAGACACUCUUGGUUCAUCUCUGUCUUGGUUGUAAUAUUACCAAAUGAAAAAUGAGGUGAGGGGUCACAGGAACUGAUGAAAGAGACUCAUGUCAAUUUUCAAGAGGUGUGGGUAUGCUUACAUGCGCUUAGACUUGAGACUCCUUUCUAAAAGGAAAUGCCACAACUAUUGAAAUGAUUCCUACCUUAUUUGGAGUGCUGUAGAGGGACUCUCCCCAGAGGUUCCAGGAGCCGCCAGUCAGGAGGUGAUGAACGUGGUGUUUGAUGUUGAGUUUUUCUCAGUCAGGAAGGUAUAACCAGUGCUAGAAGAUACUACUAUCUCCUCUCUGCAAUUAUCAUAUUUAAUCACAUCAUAUCAGUAUAAAUACUCUUCAGAAGAAGGAGCAGGGCAAUUCUAGGAAGCAUAUAUUGGGUAUAGAAUGGUGCUUUGUCCAUUUAUCCCCCAUAUAAGUAACUUUCACUCCAUGUUCAACCCAUCUGUGUACAGAGGUAUGUGGGGGUAGCAUGUUGACUGGUCAUCUCUCUGGGGCCUAUCAGAAUAGCACUGGCAAGCUAUGGGAGCCAGUCUGGUUCAUGUGUGGACAAACUGCUGAAUUCAAUGUUUGUCUGAGUCACUGUGUCCCAAGUGUAUGGAUUUCACAUAUAAUGCACUUUUAAACAUCCCACUUUGUGUGUGAGUUCAUUUUCCCUGUUUAUUUAAAUUCCCUUUCCCCAUAUUUUUAAGAAUAUAAAAUAUCAAAGUGUAUAAUAUGUCGCUUCUGUUCACUCAUUCAAGGGGAGGAUGAAGCAGAAGGCCGGUUCCACUCAAGUGCACUCUAAGGUCCUGAUCAUGGCAAAUGAAAAUACAGUGCUAAUGAAUUAGCUAGGCCCAUUGAUUACUGUUGCCAUAGAAACAUGGCUAUGAAGCACUUCCAAAAUGUGUAUUUUACUGGUAAACUGUUCUCCAUCCUGUUUAAGAAAUUUCAGGCUUCCCAAUUCAACAGAUGCUGGUCAAACAUACCUUUGUCAU